CGCCGAGAUCAGCUGUGUCGAACCUGUAGCCACCUGGCCUGUCUCCGUUCAGCGACUCUCGAAUAUCACAGCUGUGGUGUCUGCUUGUGGCCCUAUGCAGUAUUACGAAUUCUACGAUGAUGGUGACGGUUCUAAUGAGGAAAGCGUACCAAAAGACGUCAAUCCAGUCGGGUACAUUGCUGGUGGAGAUCUGGAUUUCAAAAAGAGACCCAGACCUAGACCUGUCAAAAAAGCUACUAAGAGCAUUUGGAUUGCAUAUAUCUGCUGGUUGCUAGGAGGAUGGUGCAGCUUACAUUUGAUUUACCUGAGACGGGAACGCCAGGCAUUGAUUUGGUACACAACUUUUUUUGGCUUUGCUGGAGUUGGAAUAGUACGUGAUUUCUUCCGCAUCCCUGAAUAUGUCCGAGAUAUUAAUGAAAGCAAUCAAUAUGUUGAGCAACUAACAUCAAAGAUGAAGAAGUACAAGAAGCCUCCAUUCAGUUUGGUCCGAUUUGUUGGCCAGAUACUGACAGGGAAUUCAUGGAGUUUCCUUUUAGGGGCUGCAGUACCCAGGGAGCCAAUAUUUGGUGUGUCCCUUGUGCCACUCAUUCAUCUGGCUCCUGUAGGAGCAGCUUUAGCUGUGUGGAUCAUUGGAAAUAUAGGAAGGGAACGAGGGAACUUAAAAUGGGCCAUGAUUGGUGCUUUGGGAGUUGUUCCCAUCUCCUUCAUCCACCCGCCUGUUACUAACUUCAGUGCAGUUACCUCUACCGUACUCUUCAAUUGGAAAGGAAAAGAAUGGCUAAGAACACCGUACCCAAAAAUUCACAUUUGCAGGCGUUUGGCAACCUUAUUCAUGUGUGGACUUGUAUUCACAAGUCUGUGGGCAUCUCAUUUCUACUUCAAUGCCACAGUCACAGACAAGAAUGGAGAUGAAAUCAAGAUGAGGGAUGCUGCUAAGAAUUUCAUCAACUCUCCAAUGUUCCUUGAGUUUAAGAGAAACUUGGGGGUGCUUUACAGUAACAUAUUGGAAUAUGGCUGGAAAACUGCUUGGACUAACUUUAUUGAGCUCCUUGAUCCACAAGGGGAAACACAUGCUUUGAAGGUGUUGGGCUUGAAGAAAGGAGCCAGCCAAGAAGAAAUUAAAUCUGCUUAUAAAGAACUGGCUCGAGAAUGGCAUCCAGACAAGCACAGAGAAAAGAAGGAAGAAGCCAAUGCCAGAUUUGUAGAAAUACAGGCUGCAUAUGAAAGACUGUCUGCCAUUAAGAAUCAACGGAAAUUAAGGAACAAACUGGAAGAAGAGAGAUAUUGUUGACAACAGCAGGGUGAGUGAACUGUCUCCAGAAGGGGUAUAAACCAUGAUCACAGGUUCGUUUUUAUUUUAUUUUAUUUAUUUAUUUUAUUUAUUUAUUUAUUUAUUUAUUUACUUUUUAAUAGUCUAAAGCACCUGUAGGUAUAUUUGAAGAGUAAGGUAAGCACUGUCAAGCUUCCACCCAUUUUAUUUAUACUGGUACCCAUAUUAGGCCCCAUAUCACCUAUCCAAUUGCAUCUUUGGUGUAAGGCAGUUACACCUCUACCUAGAACCUGGGUAUCAUAGUGACAUGUAGGUAACUUUAAACCACUCAGCAAAUUGCAAAUGGGAUUCGAACCUACGCAUGGACGUCUGCCUAAUCCCAUGCUCAAACCUUAUACCAGUAUGCCACUGCAGUCUAGAGAAAGAGGGAUAAACUCAAACAGAUUUCAUGUAGUAGGAAGCUGUUGCAACCCAUACUAAGUGAAGCCUACACUACUGAAUGGCUAUCAUUUAGUACAAUGGGUUUGGUACCAUAAACUAGUCAAUGUUGUGGUCCAAGAUGAUUUAAUAGUGAUGUUAUAGAUAUGGCAAUUGAUCUCAGUUACCUAUGCUGAGGUGAUAUUUAGUGAAGUAUUGAUCGGGUCACCAAGAACACAUGUACUAUGUUUUUCUGUAAGACAAUUGUGGUAUUUACAACCUUUUUGAGAUUAAUCUUAUUUCUUUUGUUUCUCAGAGGGUCCUUUAUCUCUGGCUAGAUAAUAAACAACUUCACCAUA